CGCCUGCGCAGAUGGCGCGGCGCCUUACACACCCACUGCUUCGAUCUCAUUCCCCACUGCGUUGUUUGGCAACAUUAGAAGCAUCCAGCAACAAGCUAAACAGAUCUGAAAAAAAAAGGAGAGCUGGAUACCGGAGACAGAGGGCAGGGGUGCGAAGGCCCGGAAGCAGCCAGACUAAUGCUGAGCUGUGUACACCCAAACCUUUUUGUUCUCUUCAAGAAGCUAUUUGGCGUAGCCCCAGCGGGGGACUCAGAGGCCGACAUGUACAAUAAUCUAAGUCCACAGUGGCCCUUUGUUAGACAGAGGCAUCCUGCUGGUGUUCAAAGUGUCAACCAAAAAGUACGAGCAGAAAGAAUAACCAUAGAAGGUGAUGUUUUAAGUUAUAGUGAAGAGGAAGAAGAGGAGAGAGUUGGCGUGUAUGUUGGUGAGGUGCCAGUAUGUGCCGACCACAGUUACUUUGAGAUUGAGAUCCUUGACAUGGGUGUCCAAGGAUCAAUAUCUCUAGGUCUGUGUUCUGCAAAAUAUCCUCUACACAAGUUACCUGGAUGGGCGGUAGAUAGUGUCGGGUAUCAUGCUGACGACGGCAGACUGUACAAAGCUCGUCCCAGAGGCGUAGUAUUUGGGCCAAGAUGCGGUGCCGGGGACAGGAUGGGUUGUGGCGUCAAAUACGAUCAGUUAUCCCUGGAAAGUGAUCCUUCAUCCGUCCCAGUAUUUUUUACGAAAAAUGGAAAAGAGCUUGGCUCAAUCAUGGUGCGCGUCCCACCCGGGGGAUUGUAUCCAUGUGUGGGUCUUGCCGCUGCAGGAGAUGCGGUUAGACUAUCUCCUCAGCUCCUUUGGCCACCAGACGAAGAUACCCACAUGUCCGUUGACUCCAUGGAGGAAGAGUGGCUUCGAUUACAUGAUGUUCGGCUAAAUGGACAGAUGCUGGAGUAUUGUGGUCGAGGUAAGAGUCUCGUCGACGUUGGGCUGGCUCAGGCUCGUGCUCCGCUUAACACAACCUCGCACUACUUCGAAAUGGAAAUUGUUGACCCGGGACGCUUAAGCCAUAUCACCAUCGGACUAACGAAAAAGGAUUACCCAAAAGAUAGUCACCCGGGGUGGAACAGAGGGAGUAUUGCAUAUCACGCUGAUGACGGCAGAGUCUUCACCGGCAGUUCAAUGGGCUCCAUCUUUGGGCCGCGCUGUCACAAGGGAGACGUCAUGGGAUGUGGCAUUAUAUUCCCCAGAGAUUACGUUUGUAACUACGAUAGUGAAGGGGGGAGUAUGGAAGAGGAGAGCCCGGAGCCACUGGAGUGUGACGACCUGUUGGAACACCUACUGCAGUACCAGCAACCUGCACCGCCACCACCUCUCUCACCUCACUAUCCCCACCGUCACCGCCUACACCACACCCACAUCCUUCCUACUGAUUCUGACGAAGAUGAUGAUGAAGAAGAAGAGGAAGAGGAGGAGGAGGAAGAGGAUGAUUCCUUACAACCAUCACAUCAACAUCCUGUUGGAGGAAAAGUUCAGGUAUUCUUUACACGAAAUGGGCAAAUGAUUGGUCGACGGGAAGUUGCGCUACCAAAAGGCGGUUUCUUCCCGAGCGUUAGUAUGGGUAGCAUAAACGAACGGGUAAGAGUUGACCUUCACCCGCUGACUGGCUAGAUGUCAUAUGAAACUCAACUCUUGACACAAACUCGCCUUUCUCAGUGAGAUAUGGCAGCAUUCUGUACCACCAUAUCAGGAAUCUGUUACAAGUGUUUAUUGGGCGCUACUUAUCUUACCAGUGUUUAAGGAAAUAUGUUUUAAAACUGCCAUUAUGAUUAUGGCAUCCGCAAAAGAAUUAUUUGAUAUUGACAAUAGGUAGAAUCAGCUAAAGUCAUCAGUUCUGGGUGUGCAUUGCAUUCUAUAGUACAGUAGAUCAGGCACAUACAGUACUUUUAUUUUAAUAUUACUGUAUUACUUUCUUUAGGACUAUGGUGGCCCUGCAAAUUAAUUUUAUUUCAUUUAUUAAAAAGAAUAAAUUAUACUUUACAUAUUGAUAAAGUCACUCAUAAACUACGUUAAUUCUUUGUCAUAAAAGAUGAAAGCAUCCUCUUAGAGCACCUCAUUAUUUUCAGUAUUUAAAAAAGCGAUACCUGACUAUUUGUAAUAUGGUACAACUUAUUAAACCACAGAUUUUGAAGUGAACUUUUGACAAUAAUUGAAUAUCACAGUACUUCAUAGUUGUAUGGAGAAUAUAACUAUGGUUAUUCCUAUGUACAGUGCUGUAUAUUUGCAGUACCACAAUUGUUUUUUAAUAUAUAUAAAAUGUGUAAAAUACUUUCAUAAUAAAAAUAUCAUGUGAACAUGUUGCUAAACCCUCAGUACAGCUUAUAGAUACUGUACAGUCAGCCAAAUGGAAACUGCAACAAAAUAUUCUGGAGUAUGCAGACAUGUGGAAGCCCCGCCGUAGUAAACACACACAGGUUCCAGAUGUCUCCAUACACGAGAACAUCUUGUCUUAGUGCCCACUUGGCUGGCUGUACACUAUGAUCAUUUGUUUCAUUGGGACAAGUUAAAGUGAGCAUUAAAGUACACUAUCACUGCUUUCUUCCGUAGAUAUGUGGAGGUGAGCCUAAGGGAUAAUCACCAAACACAAUUACUUAAACAAAAAGAAAAACAUACUGUGGAAUUUGUUUACUGGUUAACUAAUACUGUAUCCAUUACUUUAUAUUCCCAGUUGAGUGUAGUUCUAACCAUUCGGCUCAUAUCAUUGAAUAAAUACUGUAUCAGUAUUGAGAUUAAAGCCAAUGAAAGGUUAUAAGUUUGUUGGAUUGUUAUCAGCUCUCAGUCAUGACCUUGCAGUGUAACACAUAUUGCUCAGUUAUUUAUAAAGCCUCUUUGUUUACAGUAUUGCACCUCACUCUUCCAGGGAUGAUCUGGUUACUUAAGAACCUCCAGCCCACCUUACCUGUCUCCUCUGUUGCCUUUAUCCCUUCUCCUUCAAGCGUUGGUCCACCUUUCUAUCUUGCUCUUUCCAGUACACCUUCAAUAGUUUCCUUGUACAACCUCUUGACACUCUCCUUAUCCAUCCUUCUCACUUGUCCGCACCAUUUUAACUACAAAUAUUCCACAAUUCCACAUUAUAAACCCUCUACCUUUCCUUUCACCACCUCAUACACUUUACAAUGUCUUAAUAAUUUCCCUUUCUGGAAUUUCUGAGAGGUUGCCACUAAUUAUGCAGCACCAAAUAGUGUAACCAUAGAAAAUUUUAAAUAUAAACAAAUCAUUCUGUGAAAGUAAUAUUGAUAAGUUUGUACUGAGGGUAACUGAGCUAAAACUAGUUCAACAUAUGUGUUUUAGAUUUUAUUUAUGAACUUACAAGCCAUCUAUUAUACUUGCUGCUAUACUGUACACUGCAACUCCAAGUUUCGUUGUGUAACAGUUGCAUACUAAAUAGAUUAUAAAUUGUGGUAAAGUUAUUUAAUGCAAGUAUUAAAUUGGUCUUAGUGCAGUGUGCGUGUAUACAGUAUAUUGACUUUCACUCCUUAUCUGUUUGAGUAUUACAGUAUCUACCAUUUUUCUCUUAAAUGGUUUUCAACCCCUAGAGGUCAUCAUCAUUGCCCUAUGAUCUCUCUAUUCUUAAUAAUUCUCGCCAGUUCAUUGUUUGUACAGUAUACUGUACUUAUAAUACUCAUAUUUUUGUAAUAUUUUCUCUUCUAUCUAUUCUGCUCAAUUGACUUGUGUUGUUCACCAUAGGAAAGGUUUAGGUAUAUUGCAUUUCACAGUGUAGGUACCAAGUCACAGAUUCCAAGUUACAGUAAUGCAGUCGGAAAUAUUCCUCUUGGCUGUACAAACUUUUGCUGUCUCAGUGUUGAUAUUAUUUUAGCCAAGAUGUUGAGAGACCCUUCAAUGUGAUAAUUGCAGGGGAAAACUUGUUAACUGGAGAUGAAAAAUGUGUUUACUGGUGUUUCAUUUGACUAGUCUUUAGCUAGAAGUAUAAGGUUAGUCCAAACCAAAAUGAUGUCUUCUUGACAGAAGCAAAAUAUCACCCAUUGUUUUCUUGUCUAAUCAACUAAUGAAAUUGGUGGAAAAUUUUAAGAAUCUGUCAAGUGGAGAGGUGAAGUUCCUGCCAAGUCAUUGUCAGGAACAGUGUUAAAAACUAAAUUUAUAGCUGUUACCUGGAUCAGUUUACUGCUGGAGCAAAUGGUCAAAUGUAUUUGAUUGAUUAAUGCCAUGGGGAAAAUUAUGUUCUGAUAAAGGCUAUUUGAUCACAGUGCUCUCUGCUGAGCUUCACUGUUGGUGGGGAUCCUGGAUAAAUACUUUGAUAUUUAGAUAUUUUUUGUGUAUUUUAAUCAAGAACAAUGAUGUUAACAAAAUAACAGGAAAUUAAAUUUUUCUUGAACUGCUCUCUUGUAAGUUAAAGAAAUAUAUUUUUCAUUGUAUGUCUGCUCAAAUGUAUCAUAGUGUAUUGUAGGACGACUUAUUUGACCAAAGUGUCAUGAUGCUAUUAUUGUAGUUAUAUUGUAUUGCCAAAUAUCACCAUUUAGGUAAUGAGUUUUUAAAAGGUUAGCUGUAGUGUUUGUGUGUUAUUUUAUGAUAGUACUGUUCUAUUAGUCAUUAUGUAUACUUUUUAUGGGUCAUUCAACAGGUGACCUGCCAGGUUCCUCCACUAGAACACUCUUGUCCAGCUGCCUGCAUUUCAGCAACAGGGACACUGUUCUGUUGGCAAGUGCUUGCUCAGUUGGAUCUGAGUUUUAGAAGUAAACCCCAAGAUUGGUUCAGUGGGUGCUAAGGAAGGCAGUACAGUAAACCAUAAGAUACACCAUGAUGAACCCUCAGGUGGUUCACUCAUGGCUCAAACUCCACAGCCAUAAAUAUGAGUUCCACACUUAAGAAUCUCACAUUUCCUGCUACAGUUUUGACCUACUGUCAGUGUGGGUUGUUUGUGUUCUACCAUGCUCCUUGUGAAACACUAAAGAUAAGUGCCAUUUAUCAUAUGUUGGUAUAUCAGUCUCACCUAUAAAACCCUUUUUUUACAAGCACAUUAUUUUUAUGGUGUGAGUGUUGUUUUGUGGUUAGUUUUAAGUGCUGUGAGAGUGUUAUUUUUUUCUUUGUGUGUGACCCGAGUGAGUUGGUGAGGAGUCAAUUGUAGGGCUGAGUUUUCUUAUGUGUAAUAUGUUUAGUGGUGCCAUAGACAUUAGCUUAGGCUGGCAAUAUUGUUAUUGGAAAUUUUAUUUGGUAAUGGGCUGUGUCUCCCUCCCUCCCAUUAUACUUGGUAUUUGUCUUGCAUUUAGCCACUGCCUCUCUCAGCCCUUUGUGAGUUCCCUUAUUAGAAGGAAAUUGUAACACUUUGAGGUUCUAAGUUGUACAACACAUGUUUAUGGCUUUGGAGUUUGAACUAAGAAUGAAUUGUUUGCAGGUUUCAUUCCACUUUACCUUAUGGCUUGCUGGCUCUUGAAGCAACCACUGGAGUGCUGUUGGAGACUGCUUCAUAAGUCACAGUUCAAUUGGACAAGUAGCAAUUUACACUGAACUAACAGAAAAGAUGUCUGCAGUUAUAAUAUAGAGAGGCCCCUAGACAUGACAGACUCAGCCAGGGGGAUGUUCUAGUGGGGGGGUCUCACGGGUCACUUGUCUCUUCCCCUUGACCAUAAAAUGGGAUUUUGUGCUUCAUACUCGGUACUGUAUCAGUUUAUGAGGUAUGUAAGAGCGAUUUGAAAUUUGGGAGUUAUUGUUUAAUCAUCAGAAUUUAUCAGUAUUAUUACAGAUGAGACUUGACUGACUGUGUAUAACAACAGCCUCUUACACUUACAGUAAUCCCUCCACAAUUCAGUAUUCUCACAUUCAGAGUUCCUUUGGAUUUGGAACAGUAGUAUUAAAAUGUCUAAUAAUUAAUAAUAUUCUGAAUUGGAAGAAAUAUCCGGAAAAGUAACUGGCAAAUUCUGCUCAAUUCGUCGCCACUGCAGAUGUUGAUUCUGCAUUUCAUAAUCUAUAAUACUCUAUAGUAGUUUUUAUUGAAGUGUAGUUAUCACUUGAUAAUCAUGCAAUAGUCAGCAAUGCAAUUUACUGAAUGGAUAUUGUAUCAUAUUUCCAUUGCAUUUAAUUUAGUACAAAUACUGUAUGAUAAAAUUUAGAAUCAUGAAUUGGCCCCAUUGUUAAUAGAUUAAACAUGUACUCAUGUGUACGUGUGUUAGCUUAUUGAAGGUGAAUAAUUUUAAUGUAUUUCUAAAGGUCACAGGGUCACCACAAUAGGUCAUGAUGUAAUUAACAAUAAGCAACAUUGACCCAUUUUCAAGGUCACAUUUCCACCAAACAUGAAUGACACUUUCAGCCAGAAGCCAGUCAGAGAUACAGCAAUUGACUAACCCAUGUUCCAUGUCCUCAUUUCUACAUGUUUGGGGCCCUGGGUAGUUCUUAUACUGUACUACCAUUACAAUACUGUACAUCAAGUUCCUCUGAGGGACCAGUGAGCCAUAACUUCUUGAAGGAGAUAGUUGGUAGAGCUGAAUGGGGCAUCAACGUAUAUUUUUUUCCUGUUAGAAUUAAGAGAUGAACUUUGCAUGUGAGGGAAAUUCAUUGUCCACUUGUUGACUGGUGGUGUCAGAUACGAGUUUUAUACCACAAAAGAAGGGUAAAAUUUGUAAACAAAAUUCACCUGUGAUUGCAUUGAUUUAUCUAUGUUCAUUACAGGUUCUCCUAUAGGGGUAGAAUGUUUUAACCUCUUCAGACUAUGUACAGUACUUGCUUCAGAGGUCCUCAUCGUCCAACAGGCCAAGACCAUUGGGUAUCCUGAUAUAAAGGUAAAUGUUUAAAGGCAUUUAUUCCAAAAUUUUGCAAAAUACUAAAAGACUUACAGUGAUGCACACAGUCAAGGUUCAUUUGUAAUUAUAUUUUAUAUUUUUAUCUCAAAAUAUAGUACUACUGUAUUAGACAUGGUACUCUGAAGAAAUUGAUAGUUAGGUAUGUAGUCAAGGUUCACUGGUAUUUGCAUAUUAUUUAUAUGUUAAACUUGGUUAGUGUUAUUGUUAAAGCAUUACAGGUAUUUGUAAAGGAUGGUCAUUUAUUUGUGUCAUUUUAUAUUACAAAGUUACUUGAAUAAGAGGAGUUGUUAAUUAAGAGCAGCUCUGAACUAACUUCCUACCAGUAGUGUGAUCAAUAUUAGGUAAGUUAUUGUCUAUUUAUGAUGAAAAUUAUAUUAUUUAUUUAUUGAAGAAUGGUUAUAUUGGUUAUGCUAGUACACCAUGAUCAGUGCCUAGACAUUAUCUCAGUUAGCUACAAGUGCAGUAGAAGGAUGUGCACAAUACUGUACAGUUUUAGCAUAUUUAACUUGUUUUGGAAAAUAUGUUAAAUUAAACUUCAUCUGGCUAUGGUAAUCAGGUUUCUUUUCACGGAAUUUUAAAUGUAUAAAUUGAAGGAGGACUGAAGGUUUUUAAUCAUGUUCAGCAGUUAACUAAUACAGCAACAGCAGCAUCACUGUCCUCAGAGAACAUAGUUGUGGUCAGGUUUUUUUGCUGUACCACUUAUACAAUUUAACUUUCUUGGCCAGAUUCUGGUUAAUGACAAUUUUAUUUAUUCACAAGAGGGUUAGUGCAUGCAUAUAGAAAACUUUAGAAUAUUUAUGCUGCAUAUUAUAUUAAUGGGUAAAAUAUUACAAAAUGGUUUUGUUCCCAAUCUCUUUUAGACACCAAAGUGCUAAUUUUUUAAAGUAAGAGAUAAGAGAGGUAGUUGUGCCAUAGUCUGGGACGACAGUCUUUCCUCUGUGUAAUCAUGUAAUAUCAUUGCAAAUCUUCAUAUAUGUGAACUUUAUAGAGCAAACUUGUUGCAAAAUGUAAAAUCUUAUGAUUAUUUUAUAUUUCAUAUGAGUAGUGUACCAAGUUCCCGGUUGUUAGGUGUGGUAGUCCACAUAUAUUCACAGUUUUAUGAGAUAAAAGAUUGUUGUAGUUUGAUAGCAGUAUCAUGUAUUUGCAUAUUUCUGAGGUAUAUCUGUAGUUUAAUAAUGUAUACUGGUUAGUAUCACUGUUGUAGCACAUUUGGUUUAUAUCAAGAUUAACUGGGAGUUGUAGUAGUGUUACAGCCAAGUAUUGAAGGCUGGCUAUUCAGUUAUAGAAGAUUAGUAUAGACACUGUUACUGUUGUUAAAUGUGAACCAACUAACUUCAGGGGAAGCUGUUCAAAUAGUCUCUUUGGACCAUAUUUAUAUUGGUACUGCACUUAAGUUCAGCAUAUAUUUUGGUCAUAAACAGUGACUUUCCUUGGGUUUUAAAAGAAUGUUUUAUGCAUUACACUGACAAAGGAAGCUGUUGGUGUAGCUUGUGUCUACUUAACAUUCCAAUCAGAGCAUUUUGAUGUUUAAAAAGGAGAGGAAUAUGAAUUAUUUCCUUCCAUGUAAUGUAGCUCAUAUGAGGCAUAUAGAAUAACAAGGGCAUAUCACCGGGUUAUUCAGUUUCCUAUUUUUAUGUCAGUCAGUAGUCCCGGCGUUCCUCUGUCUGAUAAUGAUGUCAGGCAAUUUAGGUAUUCCUCCAGCAUGGUACAAUCCCUCUAAGAAAACAUGCAGUACAGUCUGAAAAUUUAGCCGAGUUGAGAUAUUCACAUAUAUGCCCUUGUUCUUCUAUAUACCUCACAUGCAUAAUUUCUUUUUGUGAAGUUGGGAUGAAUAUUAAAGGUACUCACUGGUGCUGGGUAGCAAUCCUCUCUUUGUACUUAAGGAGGGAGUUGGGGUAUUGCUCUAUUACUUAAAGAAUGGUCGCACUGCAGUGACACUCCUAGAGUAGCGUACACCUUCUCACUUGAAAGAAAUGGGUGAAUUACUUAAUGGAAUGGGUAGUGAAAUAGUCCGCUUUUAUUUAUCAUAGAAAUUUUUAAUUAAUUGGUUUACAUCUUUCUUUCUUUUUUAAUCAGUGACGAUGACUCGAUUAAAAAUAAAAAGAGGUCCAAAUCCGUCCCAGGGAGCUGAGAUUCUAAAAAGUGUAAAUACCAAGUGCUUGAGUACUUCAGUAAUGAUAUUCAGUUCUGUAUGAGUGUUAUAAAUUACUGGUGUAUCGCGUACGGUCUGCUGCUGCUUCCUGCAUUUAAAACAGUGAUAUAUGUGGCCUCGUUUCCAAACAUAGGUCCUGUUUUUAUUGAUAUAUUUUGUGUAUUGUUUCCUUUUAACUGUCUUAAUGUUCUUUCUUUAUCUACUUGUACAUGGUGUAAUCUACUUAACCUCUUCAGUAUGGGGGACGCCACUUUUAAUAUUUUAAUUGGCAAAUGCCUGACGAUUCAGCUCAGAAAGGCGCCCAUGCACUAGGGGGUUAAGGUAUUUUACAUCUCUACAGCUACGAGAAGGGUUCAUCUCUUCAAUUUAAUAUUCAAUUUGUUGUCAUGUAGCUCUCUAAAUGCAGUUGAUGAUGAUGUUAAUAUGGAAGCUGUCCCAUUGGUGCAGUAAAUUGAUUGGCUGCGGUUGAGUUAUAAGUUCAGUCCUUCAGGUGUAGGAGUAAAGGUUUCCUCUUGUGUCCCAGUAGAUGUUGAUCCUCUUCAUAGGUUUAGUCUGCAGGUUAUUAAAUUGUUCGCCUCAGAUUUGAAUUCUUUUUGGUUUAAUCCUUUUACAGUAUUUAGAGUUAUUUGAUAAGUCAUGCUUUACAAACUCCUUGAUAUUGUUGACUGUAUUCAAAAGUAAUUUACUCUUUUCUUGGCCCUUAAACAGCAGCUAAAGAUUCUCUACUCCACCCCAUAUGCGCAAUAAAAAAUGGAACAUGCAUAAGGAGCACGAAACAUCCACUGAUGUUAGCCGCCGUCCCUACAGCUAAGAUUCACUGAUGAUGGCUGCCGUUUAAGGGUUAAAACUUUGGCAUUCAGAAAUUUACAUCUUUCAAAAAAAUUUAUAUUUUAUUUGUUUAUCUGUUACUGCUUCCCCUGUUUAUAUCCUUCACCUCACUUGUCAUUCUCCGCUCCUACUACCUGAAGUGUUUGCCAAGACCAAUCAUGUACAGUACAGUAGUUGAGAUCGAGACUAUUCGUAAUUUUAGCCUUUAUGGAUCACUUGAAGAUUAGCCCCCCAUCCAGAUAGUUUUGGGGGUGGUUAAACUUCAGGCUGAUUGAUCUGGGGAGGGGUGACUCUUCAGGUGAGUUAAAACUAUGAAAGGUCUUUGGUCUUUGUCUCUAUUGCAUUACUGCCCAAGACAUUUACCGGUAUUUUCUCAGUGUAAAUAAAGAAUGACUAUUCAUGUACCAACAGAAUCAUAAUGUAGAACUCGUAAAUGAAUGCUGUUGGAACUUGAAAUUUUAAGUUGCGAACUAUGUGGGGAGACUUGGCAUAUAUUGUAUCGCCUUGUUCAGUGCAGGAAGUCGUGUAUGGUGUACAGUACGUGGACGACCAGUGUACAGUAGUUAUCUCUUCACAGCUGUUCGUUGCUUCUCUUCACCUUUCUUUACAUUAUUCGCUCAAGAAUGUACCUGAACGGUGCCAUGAUCCAUUCUGAAGCGUCACUCUGCAUUCAUCAUCAUAUAUUAAAACUUAUUUAUUGUUAUUUGUAUAGUUGAGAACAAAAGUCCUGUCGAUUCUUUUGUUGCUCCACGAACCCUGAGAUUCAGACUCGUGAAUCCGAAACAGUAGACACCGAUGCAUUAUUCUCAUUAUUCUAUCCAUAAAUGCUUCGGAUUCACGAGUCUGAAUCUCAGGGGUCGUGGAGCAGCAAAACAAUUUACAGGAGUUCUGUUCUCGACUAGUUUGUUAUGUUUCUCAUACCGGUAUAUUGAAUCAUAGCAUGUUAGGCUAGACACUUUCAUACAACUCAAGAAGAAAUAUUACAAAAAUCACAUCAUUCUCACUUCUGUACACUCAUAACUCAUACCAUUUCUCAUGACAUACAUUAACAUUCACUGUUUCUUUUCAUUAUUGUUGAGUGGCUCAUUAUACUUUUGUCUACAUUGCUCUUGUAGUACUUCACACUUUUUGAUUUGAAAUAUAACUGAGAUAUAUACACUACAGUAUACAGGUGUGUGUGUGUGUGUACAUUACUGAUUGGAAACUCUUAAGAACUUGGUUAUUUCACUUGUAAUAAUGAAUGUUGUGUCUUUGUGAUGUGGAAAUUCAAGUGAUCCUUUGUACAGUAUUGUAGAAAUAUUAAGUAGAAUGGUCAGCCUUUUGAGUUGAAGGAAUGUUAAAGAAACGUUUAUAUGUUUUGGGGGGGUUUUGUUUUGAGGUUGGAAUUCACCACACCUUUUGUUUUAGUGGAGGUGUGGCUGUUACCUUAUCCCUGAUCAGCAAGAGAUGGAUCAGAUGCAGUAUAAUGAACCAUUGUUUAUUAAGAAAUAAUCCAUUUUCUGAUAUUAGUAGAGCUAGGAUAUCUGUUCUUAAUUGUCCAUGAUUUUAGAGUCGCAGAAUACAGUAUAAUGUUUCAAGUUCCAGAUUUUCCAUAUACAGUAUACUACUGUACAUUACUGUACCUGUACUGAAGUGCAGACAAAUAAUGGUUUUGUUUGAGCAUCUCUGUACUGUACUAUGAUAUACAGUAAAGGAUGCAGACAUAACAUUUUGCAAAAGAUGAUAAUAUAUAUUUUGGAUUUGAUGCAAUAGUUUUUUGUAUCAAAUGGUACUGUGAUUAUGACAUUCACAGCUGAAUGGUAAUAGAAUUAUAACAAAGAAAGGAUGUCGAAAAGCAAAAUACUUUUGAAGUUUCACAUUUUAGGGUAAAGUUUUUUAAUGUGAAAAAAUUUAAUCUAGAUAAUAAAUGAUAUUCUCUGCUUUAUGCAAGCUGACAGUUUUCCCAUACUUUAAAUAUUCUGCCUUCCUAUCCAUAGAAAAUGUGAAUCCAUAAUCUAUGCCUACCUUGGCAUUUGUUUGUUAGUAGUUACUUAUUUCAAUAAUGAAACUAGCUAAUCAACACUGCUGUUUGCUUACAUGCUUCCAAUUUAAAGACACCUGUGUCUAGUGCUGUGGAGUGAAUGUGGAUUACAUGCAAGAAAACCAAUUGUGUGUGGAAGUGUGCAUAAGUAAGUACCAUGUGUGUAUGUGUGUGUGUGUACAUGAGCAAAUAAUUACCAUAUGCUGUGUGUGUCCUUGAUUGUGUUUGUAUGUCUGUAUGUGUAUGAUGGUUUCUUCAUAAGUCUGUCUUUCUGUCUCUCUCAGGCCAGCCAAUCUACUUAGCUGACUAACAUUUUCAUUGUCAGUUUCAGCCUCCUCCAGAUACAUAGUGGGUCCGUGGGACUUUGUUUUGGUACAUAUUCUCUUGAUAUUUAACACUGUACUGGUAAAUAUUGUGAUCAAUUCUGGUGUUCAAUUAACGACCCUAAUAUUUUAUCCUGUGAUUUAGUAACACACGUAUCUCUCACUAAUAUAUUUAGGGUUCGAGUCCCGCUUGGCCCGGACACAUGAAAGGGUGUUAUCUAGUGUGACCCUCACUACCAAACAUCACAGGUUUCCUCCUGUACUAUCACUGGAUAAACCAACCAACUGAAUGGCUUGUAAGCUGAUAAGUGGUAAAAUGAUAAAUAAAAAAAAAAAAAAAAUACCCGAUAAUUACAUGUUUAUUAAGUCACUACUCAAAAUCAAUAAAUUUAGUAAAAUCAUUGAUAUUUAAAUAAUUGCUGAUAUACUCUAUCCUAAUAUUAGUCUUAGACCAUAAAGGAGGAGUUAUUUUAACACGUAAUAACAUUCAUAAUUUUUAAUGGAUGGUUGAAGAUAUAAAUUUUAGGAACAUAUACGUACCAUAUUUCAAGAUAUUAAAAGAUAUCUACUUUUUAGUUGGUCAUAUUUUUUCAUAAAAUACUUGUAUUAUACUACUGUGCUGUAUACUGCAUGUUGAAUAUUGAAACCAAAGUCAUAUCAUUUCUUGCAUCUUUUGACAAUGACUGAUGUUCUUCUAAUAACCUGUGACUUGUAUUAAAGCAUGAGCAGUAGUAGUAAAUUGUUUAAAUAAGUUAUGUAAAAUAUAACCUGGGAGAUAUUUUUACUACGAAGUGUAUUAGAAUAUGUAAAUGGGAAUCUGUACAAUGUCUGCCUUGUGAUUGAAGUCUGAUGCCUGAGAAUGACUAGAGGAAAUGGAAAACUUUUUUUAGUAUUGUCAUAGCUAAUAUGUUUUGUGACUGCAUAGUUUUUAAUAGGGAGAAAGACUUGAUUGAAACAUGAUUAUUAUGAAGUUGCAAGCACAGUUAAUUUAUUUAUUUAUUUUUUCUUUUAGGCAGGGAUUAAAGUGCAUAGGACUAGUUGUGCAUCGCUUUGCAUAAUGGUGGUAAAUGUAUGGGAAAUAUAACUGCCUUUAUGAGAGUGAUUUCUCUCAGGUUUUCAGUUGGCCGUGAAAUUUAGAAACAUAUAAAAGUUCAUCUAGAAUUUUGAGAAACUAUACUGAGUAGUCUAUUUUUCCUUGCUGCUGAUUUGUGCCAUGUUUAUUAGUUUUCUGUGAUAUUAACUUCUGUGUGUUGUGAUAUAUAGUAAAGCUUCUGUAUAAGCCACAGAAUUUUGUGUAUUUAAAGAGACAAGUAAGCAUUGUUUCUGUAUAUUUUGGUACUAAUGGCAAACAGGUAUAAUAUCUUUCUUUUGUGCCAUGUAGUUGAGGAGAUCUGUAAACCAGGUCCCCCAAUACUUCUUAGAUGUCAUAGAAACAUGAGAGUGAAUUUAGAGGUGUGGUAGUUUAGGAGACAUAAUCAUGGAGUCCUCAUUAUGUAUUGAGAAGGUGUACGAGAACCAGUCAGACACAUUUGGUGCAUCGCUUAGUAUAGUAAAGAUCAUAUUCUGUUGCAUCAGUUGGGUAAUUUCUUAAAGGAAUUGAGUCAUUGCAUUCAUAAGUUAAAGCAAGUUUGUUUAUCUGUAAUUAAAAAAUGUAGAUUAAAUUUUUGAGUGUUUAAGGUAAGCCAAAAAUCACUAUAUUGUUUAUUGACUUGCCUUAUACCACCUUCACAAUACAUGUUUCAUAUAUGUUGUCAAUACAGGGUACAAUUGCAUUAUAUUAAGACAAAGUAAAGUUGUUAGAAUGAGCACAUGUUAUUGCUAAUACACCCUUAAUUCAGUAUGAAUUUGACAUCCAUCCUUUUAUGUGAUCAUUUUGAGAAUGUCAUUUCUACUUCAAACUCGGAUGAAAUUGUAAAUUGUUUUUUUUUACCAACUUGUAGUCAUUAUUCUCGUCGUAUUCAGUUGUGCCUCAUUCAGAAGCAACAUUUAAAAUUUAUGCCAAUAUGUCUUGUUAUAUAACUGAAGAAUUACAAUUUACACGGCGAUACACUACGUGUAUAUAUAUAACAGCAUUCGGUAAAUGAUCCUACAUUGGAAUAGUUACUGGUGACUUUUAGCCACAGUACAGUGUAUGAUCUCACACCCUCGGUUACAUUAUGUCACAGCCAGACCAGCCGUGAGUCACAAUACCAAACGUCAUCUAGGAAAAUACAGUAGAUGUCUGAAUACACUUGUAGGUACAGUAGGUUCACGUCUUAUACAUAGCUGUUUGUGACAGUACAAUGCUAAGAUAAUACUGUACAUCUAUCUAUUUCACACACAACUACUAAACAACAGUUCAAAGAUUAUUUCUCAACUAUGUCUCCUAACCUCUCCAGUCUUUAUUAAUUUCAUGUUUACAUAUCUUGUAAGUUCGUUAUUUUGUGUAAAGAAAUGGUCUAUUGUGUGAACCAGCGGUUUGUCUACCUUAUGUAUCAUGUGUUGUAGAAGCAAUAGUAGAUAUUGUUUUAAAGCAACAAAAGUUUUGUAUUUAUUAGUUUUAGUCUAUUUGAUAUGUAUUGAAUUAAUUACUGUGCAAUGCAGUAGUUUCAUUUGCAUGAACCAAGCAACAAUAUUUUCCGUUGUUCAAGUUUUUUUUGAGAACUCGGUGAUUUUUCUUACUGAAAUUGAUAGCGUCUUGUAAAGGCAUGUUUUUCACAUGCAGAAAUAUUGAUUAUCUGCAGUAAGUAUUUUCCUUGGGGACUAGUAGUGGCCUCUCCCUUCUGUACAUUCCAAAAAUAAUUCAGAAAGUAAAAAGUGACAUAAAAAAUACAUGUGCAAUUGUAACUCCAAAUACAUCUUUUGUAAAAAUAUUUAUAAAAUUACUGUUUCUGUGUACAGCAAACCUUUAGGAAGCAAAGGUCCUUUGGGAAUAUUUAAUACUGUACUGCAGAUUACAUGAGGUUACUCGCCCAAUGUGAACUCGGUAAUUAUAAGUUUGUUACCAAAGUAUAUGUUAUUGUACUGCCACAGUGUGUUAUAGAGCUUGUCUCAUCAUAAAUACAGCUGCUUUUCAUA